AUCGGACGCAGACAGGACAGCUAGAAUGUGUACAACUCAAUCGAGUGUUAUGUAAUACUCAGUAUUGAAGUCUGCUUUAGACUACGGCCAGUGAAGAAGGACAUUUUAACUCAAAUUGCAAAGAGAUGGCGGGACACAGCACCCGAGUUUUCUAACAUGCGAAGAUAUAUACCCAGAAUACACCGAGAGAUGUCGCUGAAAUCCGCUCAACCCGCUGACUUUGUCAGUUUACAGUUCACCAACAAACCCUUCUGGUGCAUACUCUACAGACUUUUAUGUGCUGGUUACAUCACGUCAGUAUUUGGUGCAUGCGCACUGACAUCGGGUUAUGCUAAAAAGGUGUUAAUCUUCCUCACCUAUUGGUCGUUCACGAUACUGGCUCUGUAUCACAUUACCGCCUUUGUGAAUGCCUGUCUGUACAGGAAUGACGAUGUGCACACAACUGAGACUGCUAGUCCAAAUGGCCUACGAUGGAAUUUCAAACUCCAGUGGGUUUUGUACAAUAUAGCCAGCGGGGCGGCCUUCAUCGUCACCGCGAUGUUUUGGACCGUCGUGUACGACGGAUCCGGGGUGACUUUCUGUAAUUUCCAUUUACAUGCAAUUAACACCUGCUUCGUCGUCAUGGACACCUUUGUAACACGAAUGCCGGUGUAUUUCCGCCAUUGUCUGUACACCGUGUUGUAUGCUGUUGUAUACAGCCUAUUCACGGUUUUGUACUGGGCAUGUGGUGGCACCAACCACAAGGGGAAGCCAUAUGUAUACGAACCCUUAAACUUCAGUGACCAUCCCCUCAAAGCGGUUCUCUAUCUUUGUGCCACGUCGUUUGUGGCGCCUCCAAUAUCUCACGGGAUUCUGUGGGGUCUCUACAAAAUUCGGUAUUCGUACAUAGAGAAGAGAACGUCGUCAGAUGAACAAACAGUUUAAACAGACAUUUUUGUACACUAUUUUGCAAUAUUCGCCUGAAAAAUCAUGAAGGCGUUAAGUUUUAGUUGGGAUGUUAGCAAAACGCCAUCUUCUAUUGAAACGCAAUAUCCAAAGACUACUGUCUUAAAACUUAAAUGUUAUAUAUAAUUUUAAUAAUCCAACAUUUUUUGCAAUGAUGAAGGAUUGAAAGCAUUUAUAAUGCCAGUUUAACUUAAUGUGUUAUAAAUUUAACGCUCAAUGCUAUGAAAAUGUUGAGAUUUAACUUUAUUUUAUAUGUUAAAUUAACACUUUUAAAGGUUGUAUUUGGAAUUAAAAUGUUAAAAAUCUUCUAAUCUAACAUAAUGUUACAGCAUGCAUGCAGUCAUUAAGCUGCGUAACAGUUUAAAAUAUUAUCACUCACAAUUUACAGCAUUUAAGAUCUUGUUUCAUUUUAACACUUUGAAAAAUUUGGACACAUAUAUAUUUUAAGAAAGUAACAUCUCAGAGCAGUUAAUUGGUGGGACAUGACUAGAUGAACUGACCGAUAGCCUCUGGUAAGCAAAAAAACAGAUUUGUUGCCAUAGCGAGUUUGCCCAUUUUGAGUUCUGUUUGUACGAAUUCCUGCCUAGAGAACGGUCGAUUUAAUGUGCAGUUUUGGGGAUUCCUCUUUUUUAGGGAUUUCUCUUUUUUCUACGGCUUAUUUACAUUUUCCAUAACCAUACCUCUUCCCCCAUUCCAGCAACUACUUCAUUGUUUCUUCUCUCAACUCCCCCCCAAAAAAACCCCACAAAAAAUGCCUAAAUACAUGCAAACAAACUAUGCCAUAUAUCAGGUAUCCGUGAUAAUAAUUUUCUGCAAAAGGCAGGGGCAGAAAACUCUACAAAUUAACUGAAGGCGGAACACGGUUUUCGUACGUUAGGUAUUUUAUAUGUCUAUAUUUCUACAUCAUAGAUAUAUACUUAGUCCUGCCAUGAUGGAGGAGUAAUGUUUCUUAUGGAAUUUAGAGAUUUACGUAAUAUACAAGUUUUUUACGGAAUUAUACAUUAUGUAAAUUUGUAGUCCCC